AUGCCUGUCUCUGAUCCCGUAAAGCCUCAACAGGCGCAAUCACUCCGCGAUCGAGUGGUUAGCCUUUUCCAUUCGCGAUCAUCCCGCAACGGUUCGCAAUCUCCUUCUGCCUUCAUUGCCCACCGAGAGAGCGGGGAGGAAAGCGAAACGCCGACUCCGCCUCCAGGUGAGGUGAAUUUCAGAACACGACUUCUAGAAUCGUAUAACCGUUUGGAACCAGCAUGCGGGUCCCGUUCUUGUGACCAUGGGACAUUCUCCCCUCGCCCUGGGUCUUCGUCCGCUCGAGGAGCUAGCCCUGUUCGGAGAAACGGCAUUGGUAAUUACGAUGAUAGCCCUCAUGAAGGAUCAAGUGUACAUUCUGUUGAUAGGGGCGAUGCUAUAUGUGAUCCACCGAGAGUGCCUCCUAGGGCUACCACGAAGCAAUUGGCCAAACAGCAUGGAGUGAAAAAUCACAGGACUAUGUAUAUCUCAUAUUAUGUGCCAUUCUUCAAUUGGAUAACCCAGUAUCGUUGGUCUUUGCUCAAGGGCGAUCUGACGGCAGCAAUUACCGUGGCCUCGAUAUAUAUCCCAAUGGCGCUGUCUCUUGCAUCCAACGUUGCGCAAGCUCCUGCUAUAAAUGGGCUUUAUGGAUUUGUGUUUAGUCCCUUUGCCUAUGCGAUUUUUGGGAGUAGCCCAACCAUGGUGAUUGGGCCAGAAGCGGCAGGCUCUCUUCUAGUUGGCACGGUUAUCCGUGGUGCCAUAGAUGCGGGCGAUUCUACAGAUGACAAUUCUGUUCUCAAUGCUCAGAUAAUUGGUGUUGUGACAGGGUUAUCAGGAGCCAUGGUGCUAAUUGCUGGUAUCACUCGAUUGGGUUUCCUAGAUAAUAUCCUUAGUCGACCGUUCCUUAGAGGAUUCAUCAGUGCCAUUGGCUUCAUGAUCUUCGUCGAUCAGUUGAUCCCGCAACUGGGUCUAGCCUCGUUAGCAAAACAGAGUGGUUCAGCGCACGGUAGCAGUGUGGAGAAAUUGGGGUUUCUAUUUCGACAUAUUAGUUCUACCCACGGUUUAACCUGCGCGGUUGCUUUUGGUAGCUUCGCCAUCAUCAUGAUUUUCAGGAUAUUGAAAAGACGUCUAGAACCACGGUUCCCCGCAGUUGUCUUCUUCCCUGACCGAUUUCUAGUCGUCUUCCUCUCUGCUAUCUUGACUUGGCAGCUCCGGUGGGAUACAAAGGGUCUGGAAGUCCUUGGCUCCCUGAAGGAAACAGGAAACCCGACAUUCGCCUUCCGAUGGCCAUAUAAAUGGUCUCACUUGAAACAUCUUCCCACCGCAAUGAGCACAUCUUUUAUCAUUUCAUUGCUUGGGUUUUUUGAAUCAUCAGUCGCUGCCAAGGGUCUUGGUGAUGGAAGCACAGCUAUAAAAAGAAUGGCUUUGAGCGCUAAUCGCGAGCUCGUCGCCUUGGGAGUAGCCAAUGUUAUUAGCGGAUGCUUCAUGGCCCUCCCUGCUUUCGGAGGAUACGGGCGAAGCAAGCUCAAUGCGGCGACGGGCGCGAAAUCCCCUAUGAGUAGUAUAUUUCUCUGCCUUAUAACUUUGCUCUGUAUCCUGUUUAUGCUGCCUUAUUUUUACUACCUUCCCAUGGCAGUUCUCUCCUCCAUGAUCUCCGUAGUCGCCAUCUCCCUCAUCGAAGAAGCCCCUCACGACCUUCGAUUCUUCUUCAACAUCCGUGGCUGGUCUGAAUUGAGCCUGAUACUUAUAAUUUUCUUCGCAACAAUCUUCUACUCACUCUACCUCGGCAUCGCCCUCGGCAUAGGUCUCUCUAUCCUGCAAAUAAUCCGCCACGCAACGAAGCCCCGUAUCCAGAUCCUCGGGAAAGUAAACGGCACCCACGACCGCUUCGAGAACGCCGAGAUCCAGCCCGAAAAAGUCGAAUUCAUCGAGGGUUGCCUAAUCGUCAAGAUUCCCGAACCGCUUACUUUCGCGAACACGGGUGAUUUGAAGAACAGACUCCGUCGCUUGGAGUUCUAUGGUACAACCGCUGCACACCCGGCAUUACCGCGCGUGCGUGCUCCUGAACAUAACAGAAAUAUGAUCUUUGAUAUUCACGGUGUCACGAGCAUUGAUGGCUCAGGGAUCCAGGUGCUUAGUGAGAUUGUGCAGGGAUACGUUGACCAGGGGGUACGCGUGUUUUUCUGCCGGUAUCCGCGUCCCGGGACAGCGAUAUUUCGUAUGAUGGAGAAGAGCGGGAUUGUGGAGGCUGCGGGGGGCAUGAAACAUUUUACCCGCAGUGUUGAUGAGGCAUUGCGUUUGACGGAGAGAUCGGAUUUGGAUGAACCGUGA